AUGGAAAACAAAAUAACGUUUUUUCGCGAAUAUGAUAACGUCAAAGAGAGAGUAGAACUGGUAAGACGGUACCUCGACCAGGAGGACGAAAGCGAAGUGCUAAAAAAUUUCACCCCCAUUUUGGAAAAUUUAACUUAUUUAAAUAAUUGCCUGAACAGCUAUAGGGAAGUCAAAACGGUGCUGGACCCGCACCUGACUCUGCUGGUGGAGCCAUUUCUAGAUUUUUUAAAAAGAAGCUUCUCCCUGUUGGGAGGGAUUCUAUCUCAUUUUAAGAAGCAGUUGGGGGGAGCAAAUGGGGGUUACGACAGGGCAAGCAGUGUAGCUGCUAAGGAAGGGGGCCUUUCAAAUGAGGUGAGGGAUACCCAAGAGGGGGAAAAGCAAACGGGUCGAAGUAUCAGCGGUGAGGGAAAGACUCCCAUUGAGUCAAAAGGAGACGUAGAAAACCGCCAAGGAAGUCGCCACGGAAGUCUCGCCGCAAACGAACAAACGGGAGAUGGCAACGACAGGUUAGACGCCGCCAAAGCGGAGGAUGAAAUUCGCGUGAAAAUGUACGCGGUGAUAGAGGAGGUGUACAAAUACUACAACACGCUGAUAUCCGUGAGGGGGGAAAAGAAAAUUAAAACUUUUUUCCCAUGUGACUCCUUCUGCUUAAGUAGCAUAGCUGAUUUGCUGCUCAAACUGAAGGAGGAGGAAGCCGCUUUUAACCAUUUGACCAAGUGUAAGUCGAACCAAAUGGAUGAUGGGAACAACGCGUGGGUAAUUUUUUACAUCCUACUCAUAUGGCUGUCGUUCUGCAUGUACCUCCCCUUUAAGCUGCUAUCUGUGAGGACGAAUAUGCUGGCCAGUGUUGAAGAAAUAUUUUACUACUACGUGGGGAAGAACGACAAGGCGAAGGAAGCGUGUUCCAUCCUGUAUGCGCAGUUUCUAAGGAGGGACGAUGUACAUCAAGAGAGAUCCUACUUCAAUAGGUUUAUCCUUUUUUCCAAAGAACUUAUGGUGAAACUGGUGGAAAUAAACUCCCUCGCUGAGAAGAAGAGACAACUGGAGGAUGACUUCUUUGCAGUGACCACUGGAGGGAGUGCUUCCCCCAACUGCUUCAUCAAAUUUAGCAACUUAGUUUUAUGUGGAGUUUUACUAACCCAUAAAAGGUUGCUGAAACGGGGGGAGAAAAGGCUCUUAAAAAGUUACGCCAAUUUUUAUCAUUUUUUUUUUAUCCAAAAUCAUGCCCAUUUGGAUUUCACGCAGAUGUCCAAGGCGUUGAAGAUUCUCUGCCUCGGUUAUUACGCCUUGUUGUUUUUGGAGAGGGCUGCGGGGGGGGAGGGAGCCACUAACGGGGGGGGGGCCGCCAACGGGGAGGGAGCUACUGACAAUGAGGCAGCUACUGACAAUGAGGCAGCUACUGACGUAGGCCCGAGCGAACCCGUCCACUCCGCCCUCUUCGACGAAUUCCCCCUCUUCUUAAACAUCAACGAGGUGUUCACCAUGUACCAAAGGGAGACGAAGGAGGGGUGGAGUCCGCAGCCCCAAAGAGAAGAGCAAGUGCUUCCCUCAAGUGCACAGAAAAGAUAUUCCUGCGAAAAGGAUAUCUUGCAAAUAUUGAACCUCCUGCUGUGCUACUUCAACGACAGUAGCAGCCACAUCCGAUGGUGCCUGUCCAAAAGCUUCGGAAAUAUAUUAUCCCAUCUGAGCAUAGAAAACGUCCGUGUGAUGAUAGCCAAAUUUAACGAGCUAGCCAAAUAUAACGAUUACAACAUUUGGGGUAGCAUUAAUUACACCCUAUUUCAUUACCUCUUUGGAAAGACAAGCCUCUCCACAGAAAUUAUUAACUUCCUUCUUCGGAAGGUCGUCGAAAGUUUGUAUACAAAUAGGGACAAAAUUUUUGCGAGCACGUUUGUUCUGUUAUAUAGCCUCUUCAAGUACAAUAAGUUUGUUCAAUUUCGUUAUGAGCGGAAUGAGAAGGGGAUUCGAUUUUUUUUCUUCCAUUUGAUUUUCACCAAGUUGAUUGUUCUCUCCCUGUUUGAGGAUAACAUCAACUUGAGGAAGUCCGCCAUGUCUCUGCUGCAAAUAUUUAUUGGGAAGUUUAACUUUUUGUACCAAUUUGGUGGGCACUCCGCGGGGGGUACCUCGGCGGGGGAGCCUCUCCACAACAGGGAGGCGUUCUUCGACGACAUUGUGCAGUUUGUGAGUUUGUUUUUUUGCGGCGAUGCGGUGAGUGCCUACUAUGAGGGGUUGCAGAGGGGGCAGCUGGGCGGUGGCAGCGCUGUACAUGGGGGUAGCCACCCAUCAAAUGGGGGUAGCAACUCAGCACAUGGGGGUAGCAACUCAGCACAUGGGGGUAGCCACCCAUCACAUGGGCAUAGCCGCGCUGCACAUGAGGAUAGCCGCGCUGCACAUGGGGGCAGCCGCGCUGCGGGGGAAGCCCCGCCCCGCCUGGGCGCCAGAGCACUCCUGGAGGAGUCCAAAAGGGACGUGUUCAACGCGAACAUCGACAUCCUGUCGACCUGCAACUUCAGCGAGCUCAUCAAUUUGAAGAAGUCCCUCCUCAUAAAGACGAAGGAGGUGUGCAGGUUCGCUUUGUACAAAUACCCAGUCAUUUUCCACCUGUACUCCUUUAAGCUGUUUCACGAAAAUGCGAACAUCAGAUUGCUGGCAGCGGAAUCGCUAGCCAAUCUCUCCUCCCACAAUGGAGACCACUUCAUACAGGUGGUUCUUCCCUUCUUGGUGAAGAAAAGCUACGAGGAAAAUGUGCUAAUAAAGCAUGGCUCGAUUAUAUGCAUUUCAAAAGUACUGCUAAAAUUGGAACAACGUGUUGAUGAAGAUUUACAAAACGAAAUAAAAAAAAUUAUCCUUUUUAACGAAAAGAAAAGAUUAUAUAAAUUAAAAAAGGGAGAAAUUUUAAGGCACUCCAUAUGUCUACUCAUACAAAGCAUAUGUCAAUGUGAUUACUUCUUGGUGAAGCAGAACACACACUCAUUCUUUCUAGAAGUUUUACAAAACAAUUUGUUCCAUUAUAAUGAAAUUAUACAGUUUGAAGCGUCCAAAAUUUUUUUCUACAUGCCCAUAUAUCUGUUGACUAGAAGCAAGGCCAUUCACUACCUUUACAGUAAUGUUCUUUUGAGAAUUAUAAAGGAGAAGGAUAACUUCCUCCAUUUGAAGGGGUAUUUUAUUCUCCUUUUGUUCGUCAGCGAAGAGGUCAUUCCGGACGUCGCUUCCGAUUUGAUUAAGCUCUUUUACUACAUCUUAAAGAAGUGCUCCUCCCAUUACCGGAUUAGGAAUGCUCUCCUGAGGAAGCAUCGUCAGGUGAGCUCUUCACCCCCUCUCAGUGUGGACGAAGCGGAUGUAAAAAAUAACAACCCCAUCCAAAAUGAUCCCCUUUUUUUUAAACGAAUAAACUUUGAGCUGUACCCCAUUGAUUUUAACAUGAAGAUCUUUUGCCUCCUCGCUUUGUUCAACGUGGUGGACAAGCUGCGUAGGGCGUAUAUCUCCCAGUUUUUGCUCCUUCACGGGGAAUGCACCACCAGCUUUAGGGGCCUCAUCAGGUCCAAAAGGGGGGCAAAUUCACGAAGGACGGCCCGCCUUAACCGCUGCGAAAGGAGCGUUAGUAGCAGCGUUAGGAGCAACAUGGGGCGGAGCUCCUCCAACGAAAACACACCAAGUGAAGAGUCGGAUGGGGAGUCAUGGGCGGACGACAGCCUCCACAAUGACGCAUGUACAAAGGGGCACUCUGGCGAGGAACUCAACGGUGGAGCCACGACUGCUGGGGAGAAGUGGCCCUCCUUCGGGGAUAACUCAACGAUCGAAAGUGACCGCGAAAUGGACUCCAAAAAGUGGAAGCCCCGAGGCGACACAAAGGUGGAAGCAAAUGGUGUAGCGGCGGACAAGAAAAGGAAAAGGCGAAGGAACACCUCCUUUUACAUGAAGAAAACAGUCAAACUUGUUAAGCGGAACAUCUCCUGGGAGGAGGUCAUAGAGGAAGGGAAAAAACAAAACAAGGACGUUCUGCCAUUAUCCUUAGACAUCAACAAAGUGGCAAAAGUGUUAAUUCUCUAUCUGCAGGAAUAUGUGUACGAAUGUGACAUUGGCGAUUCGCACGUCUUCGUUAGGGAGAUAUGUCUGGGGCUGACCGCGUUCCUCUUAACUUCAUACCCGCUGUACUUUUUCAAGAGGGGUGGUAGUAAUGUGCAGAGGAGGAGCAGGGGGAGGCAGGCACCACCCGAGGGGGGAGCUGAUGUAGACGUGGAACCGCAGCAAAGGGGGGUGAACAACGAGCAAACCGCAGCUGCAGGGACGAAGGGGGAACCCUCCCAGGAUUACUUCUACGAGCGGUUCGACUCGGAUGACAGUGGGGAGGAUGGAAGUAGCGGAGAGGAAGAUGGAGGCUGCAAUGGGGAGGACCGCCUCAACGAUGGGGAGGACCACCGCAGCAGUGGGAAGGACCAACCCACCCUCAUGUACGUCCUCUUUGAGGUUAAAAAAAAGUACGUAAACAUACUAACCCAGUUGCUGCUAAAAUUACUGUGCGAAAAAAACAUCCGGACGAACAAAAUGUGCCUGUUCCUUCUGAAUUACCUGUACAAUUAUGCCACCUUCAAUUCCUGUGGGGAGAUGGAGACGUUCCCCUUCUCCAACGUUCUACACAAACACUGCCAUGACUUCCCCUACGAACUUUACCUUAAAAAGAAAAUGGACGACAAUAUUAGAAAAAGCAAGCGGAACAUUUACCAGUACUUGAGCACUUCUUGGGAGAACAUUCACAACGUCUUUGAUAAUGUGACGGUUCAUCUGUGUGAUUACUACGAGCCGAUAUAUUUGAAGGGCCACGGGGGAGGAGCUCCAAGUGUGGGUUAUACCAAUCGUGCGAAUGAAAAGGGGUUAGGAAGCACCCCCGGGGGAACCGCCAACGGUGUCUGCACCUGCACAUAUGAAGAAGAAAUUACAGCGCUGUUCCUGAACCGCCCUUACAAGUACAAACUCGUUAAGACCAUUUUUAACAAAAUUAAUAAUUUCAUUUAUUUGUACAAUUACGCUUUGAAGUACACGAGCUUUUCCGUUUUCCACAAGAACAAGUUCGCUUCCACGAGGAAGGGCCUCAUGCGCGGGCAGGCCCGCUCGGGCGACCCGAGUGGAGAUAGCCCCAUUGGGAGCGUCGCUCUAAGUGGAAGUGCCUCCCCAAGUGGUGGCGCAGCUCUAAGUGGAAGUGUCUCCCCAAGUGGUAGCGCCCCCACGGGAGACCUCCAAUUCGAGAACAUCCUCAUCAACAACGACUUCGUGGACGACAUAAACCUCAGCGAGGGUGAAGAAAAGAUAUCCGUCGAGGAGGAAAAUUUAAUCAAAGACGUCCACUUCUUGCUAGACAAAACGAAAAAGAAUAUCAGCGUGAUUAAGUGCUUGGAGUAUAGCGAAGCGUACCUGUACAGCCACAUCUUUUUCCUGCUGUUCUUAAAUAAAUAUAAUUACUACCUGCUCAGCGGGUUUUUUAACACCCUGUGCUACUACACCUCGCAUAGCGAGCAUAGUAAAUAUGCCUACACGAAUGUGAUGAAGACGGGGAGGGAGAAGUCCAUUGAGUUUUUAUUUUUCGAUUUCCUCGUGCGGUACAAAGAUGUCUACACCUUCGGCUACAUCCGGGACGACGUCCUGUUUCUCUACAUUAGGUACUACCGGAAGUUUUACGUAGGCUGCGAGUACGCGGAGGUCGGUGGGAUCAUCCGUGCGUUCAACGAGGGGCGGGAUGGCCGUAGGGGGCGCCGCAAGGAGCGAGAUACGGAUGAGCAUAACCAUACAGAUAGGUAUUAUCAUACGGAUUGGCAUAACCAUACGGAUAGGUAUUAUCAUACGGAUGGGCACACCGAUGCGCAUAAGGAUGGGGAGGAGGGGGAACCCCCGCGGGCCCUCCACCUGCACAACGUCAACCUAGGCGAAAUACUCUCGCUCGAAAAAAGAGAAGACCAGUUUGACUUUUUAAAAAAUAUAUUUCAUAACUAUGACAUAUUCUUCGACAGAAAUGUAAUUCUUCUGUCUGACGAAGAAUGCGGCGGUGAGGGGAACACGAAAUGCAUGUUAAAAGGGAAGGAAAAAAAAAAAAAAAAAAAAAAAAGGAGACAGGCAAAUAAACAAAUAAAACAAAAAUAUCAAGACAAAAUUGAAUUAUUAGAAUAUGUCAACAUUUGCUUAAUUAAAAUUUUAUACUACUUGAAUAAUUUCAACUUAAUACAACUGGAGACAUUUUUAAAAAGUGUUAAUUCGUUUGUGAAGUUUUCCCUGAUCAAUAAUUUUGCGGCCUUUUGUUUUUUAAACUUCUUCCUUUCCACCUUCGAAAAAUACGCAACCUUUGCGCUCGUUCGAACCAUUUCGGAGUUUGCCAUAAACAUUUUCAUGUGUGCCUCUCUGCACUUAAAUGUUAAGCGCCUGGCCUUCUUCCUGGUCCUGCAGAUGCUCCUGCACAGAUACCCCAAGAUACGGGAAUUCACCAACGAGUACCUCUACGCGAACGUUAAUUUUAUUUGCCCGGACGAGCACGCAAUUUUCCGAGGCGCUUAA